AAUCCCUAAAUGAUCUAAUGCAGUUAACUGAACUCCUUGAGAAACGUUUUCUUCAUCAGUAAAGUGAAAAUCUUUACCAUCAUGCAUAAGGUUCAAGGAUUCAAAAUCCUUAUCCAGUAAUGAAUGAAACUCAGUAAAUGGAAUGGUGUAAGUUCUCAAUAAAUGUUGGCUAUUGCUAUGUACAAAAUAUGAGAGAAAAGAGGUUAAAGGUCUCAGAUUUGGGGCUGAGAAAUUAAAGAUUUAUUAUGCCCUAAGAAAAACAGAAGGAAAGGGAGAUGGAGUCUAAUUUAAACACGUUGUAAGGAAUGCUUAGCUCAUCGAAUCCAGGAAGGAUGGAUCCAGGGUUCAAGAGUAAAGUCAAGGCCAAAAACAUAUGUCUUACAGCGCUUGUCCUACACCACGACCCUGAACGCAAAGAUUCGACUCAUAGCAUCUCUUGUGACUCUGUCCAGGGCACAGGAGCAAUAACGGAACCAAAUACUCAAUAGAACUGUCAGCGACAUUGCACAAGAUUUGCCGUAUCUCUAUCACACCUGAUUAUUAAAGAUCUCUCUCCAACCAAAAUAGACCCUAAUUCAAGGUCUAGAUAUUUAUUUCAUUUCUUUGGUAUUACUCAUCUCUGUGGAUUUCCUGUUUCCGGACAUGUUUGUUUUAGUCUCAGAGCAGACUCGGCGUGGCUGCAGUCCUCAGAGAGAUCAGUGCCCCUUGAGCAGGUGCCUGGGAGAGAAGAGAGACCCAAGCACUCAUAUUUGAGGAGGAGGCCUUGACGACAAAUUAAAUGGCUUCGGAGUUUUAUGCUAGACACUUUCAGCUACUCUCAAACGUGCUCUUCAAAAUAUCCACUCCCUGGUAAGGACUCAGAUGUCUUCAUCUAUUUUGAUGUCACUUUGCUUUUUGAAAAUCAAUCACCUAGAACUUCAUACAAAGCAGGAGCUCCUCCAAAAAUGCUACAUCUAGGAAAAUUAUUCCUUUUUCAGACUGUGUAAAUGAUCUGUUUAUCUUGUAAGGAAUCAGUCUUCCACAGAAUUCGAAUUCUCCUAAAUCUUGAUACUCACCGCUUCAAGGUUAUUGUUCUCCUGUCAUCAUAACGCAGUAGGUCAACAUUCUAGGCCAGGAGAAAAUAAGACAUAAUCUGUCAGUAACCUCUGCAGGUAUUGCCCUUACAAAUCUCUAAAUUAUUUGAAAAUCACGGAGAUUUUUGAAAGGAUAUUUAAAUAACCAGUGAUCUUCAGAUACCAAAGAAUAGAACUAAGGGUCGUUUGGUUUUGAGAGGACUGUACUUUUACAAAAAGUGAGAAAAAAUUAAGUUGUGAGGCUCCUUUAGAUUCACAAAGUAUCAUUCUAGAAAUCAUAUAUUCUAUCCAAUAUUUCAUCUAGAAUAUGAAAGCAAGAAGUUGUAGAGGAUUCUAGAUCAAUUAACUAGGGUUUACUAGUAUUUUACAGGGAAAAAGAAACCAGAUGUUCAACUGAAUGCAAAAUAUAUAUUCUAGUUUCUCUAUAGGGAAAAUAGAGCCAAAAGUAAUUUUCUUAUUCUAUGAUACAGGUAGAUUCUAUUCUAAAGUGGAAGCCACGUCUCACUAUAUGAGAGUCCCAUGAAUGCUUUGUUCUAUAAAAAGAUACCUGAAAAAAAAAAAGCCAGAAACUCCAGAACUGCUUUUUUCCUAUGAAAUUGCCAGAUAUAUCAUAUUUUAUCUGCUCAAGACUCUCUAUGUUCCAUUGCAGAGCUAUCUAAAUCCAUCAUGUCUAUUACCAACACGUCGCACAUUGAAAUCACCACCUUCUUCUUGGUUGGGAUGCCAGGGCUGGAACAUGCACACAUCUGGAUCUCUAUUCCCAUCUGCAGCACGUAUCUGGUGGCUCUUCUGGGGAACUGCACCGUCCUUUAUGUCAUCAGGACAGAACCCUCCUUGCAUGAGCCUAUGUACUAUUUCCUUUGCAUGUUGGCUCUGUCAGACAUGGGCUUGUCCUUUGCCGCUCUUCCCACCAUGGUGAGGGUCUUCUUGUUCAAUGCUCCUGAAAUCUCUGCCAACGCCUGCUUUGCCCAGGAGUUCUUCAUCCAUGGAUUCACAGUCCUGGAAUCCUCAGUGCUCCUCAUCAUGUCAUUUGACCGCUUCCUGGCCAUCCACACCCCUCUGAGGUACAGCUCCAUCCUGACAACCAUCAGAGUUGCCCAAAUAGGAAUGGUGUGCCUUUCCAAGAGCUUCCUCCUGGUUUUCCCCUUCCCCCUCACUUUGAGGAGCUUGAACUACUGUAAGAAAAGCCAAUUAUCCCAUUCCUACUGUCUCCACCAGGAUGUCAUGAAGCUGGCCUGCUCUGACAACCGAAUUGAUGUCAUCUAUGGGUUUUUUGCGGCACUCUGUGUUAUGGUAGAUUUUAUGCUGAUUGUUGUGUCUUACAUCCUAAUCCUCAAGACUGUGCUGGGAAUUGCAUCCCGAAAGGAGCAGCUCAAAGCCCUCAAUACGUGUGUUUCACACAUCUGUGCAGUGACCAUCUUCUAUCUGCCCAUCAUCAACCUUGCCAUUGUCCAUCGCUUUGUCCAGCAUGUCUCUCCCCUCUUCAAUGUUCUUAUGGCAGAUGUUCUUUUACUUGUGCCUCCGCUGAUGAAUCCGAUUGUGUACUGUGUGAAAACCAGGCAGAUCAGAGUAAGAGUUGUAGCCAAAUUGUGUCAGAAGCAAAUAUAGCAGUCAUAUAGAGCGGAAAACAUAUGGUGGGGAUGUCUUAGGUAAGAGAUUAAAUGUGAGUUUGAGAAAACCUAGCAUUUGGCACACAUAAUCAUCAAUGUAUUUUUCUUGUUAUUAUCAUCAGACGUAUUUCAUUAAAAUUGUUUACUGAUCAUGAGCAUAAAAUAGGAUUUAGAAUACGUUUGGGGGGAUCUCCAUCCUAGUUACAAAAGGAAAAAUAGAUGCCUUAUGACAUCAUGUUUGAUAAAAGCAUCAAGUUCCAAUCAAGACUAACAGAUGAUAAUGUCUAUCUUUAUGGCAGAAGACUCCUGAUCUUACAUUCAAUGUAUCCAUCCUAAGAGCUUUUGAUUCUCGAUCCAAAUUAUGCCCUAAUUCUGACUUAUCAUUAUCUCUCUUUUAAUCAUCCUAGUAGAUCACCAGCAUGUCUUUAAUGAAAAACAGCCAUAACCUUUUUUAGUUUCUAACUAUCUACACUUGCUUCUUUCUAACUGAAAAGUAACUACAGGUUACUGCAGCAUGUGGA